UUCAGUUUUCUAACGGCUCUCGUAUUCUAUCUACCGUCGGAUGGAGGCGAAAAGAUAUCACUCUGUAUAUCUAUCCUUAUUUCUCUCACUGUAUUCUUUUUGUUGUUGGUUGAGAUCAUUCCGUCGACAUCUCUCGUCAUACCUUUGAUAGGCAAAUACCUUCUCUUUACCAUGGUCUUGGUCACUCUGAGUGUCGUCGUCACGGUGGUCACGCUGAAGAAGGAGCCGCGAACGACAUUCAGCACACCGCAGGGUAAUGCUACCGGAAUGUCCGAUCACAAUCUCGGUCUCCUCUCACCAUUUCCAACUUCGUUUGCUGCGGCGGGAUCUGCCGAAGACACAUCAUACUCAUCAUUUCAACGGGAUGUUUCUCCUGUGAGAUCAGCCGUGGAAAGUGUUGCGUACAUAGCAGAUCACCUAAAAAAUGAAGAAGAUGAUAAACAGGUCAUCGAAGAUUGGAAAUAUGUCUCAGUGGUGAUGGAUCGGGUAUUUCUUUUGGUGUUCACAUUCGCUUGUGCGUUCGGUACGAUAGUGAUCAUCGCACGAGCGCCUUCAAUCUAUGAUACUACGGUACCUCUGGCGUAG